AUGAGGGGACCGCCUAUUCUGGAUAGGGUCAAGAUGACUCUUGACUCAGUGGGUACAAUUUCGAUUCUUGCUGAGGAUGUUCUCUGCGGGAAUUACUCUGAGAUACAUAAGCCCUCUAUAUUUUCUAGGGCUCUUGUAUGGAAACUGCUAGCGAUGAGAUUGAACAAGAUCAACAAACAAGAAGGUCACGAAGAAAUGGAGUUGAAUUUGAGUAACUUAGCCAAACUAAGAAGAGAUUAUGAUAUUUUGGCUGCUGAAUUCGAUGUCCCCUGGCACGAAUUGAGCCAACAGAGUGAGUACUAUCAAGCACUCACCGCUAUAGAUGAUGGCUUUGAUAUAUCCGAUGACUUGAGCAAAAAGCAGAAAAUUUCCAGAAUGAGAGUCAUCCAUGAUCCUCUUUCCACUAGGAAUACUGAAAACAGAAUAGCGUCUCAGGAGACUGAUCUACAAAUGUUGGAGGCUAUUAUUGCCGACGUUGAUAGAUUGUUCCCGGAAUUCCCUCGAUACUUCAUCCAGAAUUUGCGCAACCGACAGCAACUUACCAAGGUCUUGUUUCUCUGGUGCAAGCUCAAUGCCGUGUCUUAUUUUCAAGGUUUACAUGAGAUAUGUGGACUAAUCUAUGUUGUCUUCUAUUCAGAUUGCAUUCCACGUUCUUCUUCCAAGGCUUCUAAGUUACACACUAAUAGAUUGGACAAGCAGAUAUUGUCCCUAAUGGAUCUGCAAUUCUUGUCCCAUGACACGUUUAGUGUCUUCAAUAUUAUGAUGAAGCCCAUCAUGGCCAAAUAUUAUUCUGAGAGUGCUCUACUUCAGGAAACCAUUAUGUUUGACUUGAAGUUGCACCAAUCUGACAAGUUUCUUUAUCAUCUCUUCAAAAAUAAAUUCCGGUUGGAUAGCCGGAUUUGGUUGAUGAGAUAUUUCCGGUUACUACUUAUCAGAGAGAUUGGUCUGGUACAGUCUGUGCGUCUUUGGGAUAGAUUAAUUGCAUUCAGCUUUCUUGAGGAUCCUUUCAAAGCAGAUUUAGAUAUCACUCUGCUUCUUCCUUACAUUGUUCUUAUUAUGCUCUCUAUUAUCAAGAAGAGGCUCAUCAUCUCCGAUUAUGGUGAUGCACUAUAUUUAUUGUUGCAUUAUCCUGUGAAGAAUGAUGCGUGUAUUCAUCCUUCUGUUAUAUGCAAGGACUCUAUUAUACUGAUUAAUAAUGACGAUAGUGAAGAUGAAGACGAUAAAGCACCACAGUAUGUUACCAAUGAUUGUGACUUCACUUACAUAGAACAGAAUCAUCAACGACAAAGACUCAGCGAAUCGUCAAGAUCAUCUGAUCAUUCGGGUUCAGAUGCAGAUUCAGAUGAGAACGUUCAGCUUCAUAUUAAUAAGAUUACUCGUGAUGCUGUCUUGCUUUAUCGAAUGAACGAUUCUGAGUUAGAGGCGGAUGGCGGCAAACUUCUUGAAGCUUAUUCUGCUAUGCAUAAUCAAGAAGAUAAGAAAGGGCGGAUUUCUACUGGUGCUAAACUGUCUUCCUCGCCUUUCAUCGAGGAAAUGUUGAAAAGGACUAGCUCUUGGAGUCAUCCUGGUCGUAAGAAUGUCAAAAUUUUAUCCACGGACUUCGAGAGAAUGACCAUCCAACCCGAGGAAAUGCAGCCGAAGACCAAUAACAGAGACUUCGAUAGAACCAGAUUGGAGAUGAGACUUCAAAAGAAGGUGAAAGAUGCCCUGAAGAAGUAG